GCGAAGCUCCUGACAGUCACACACGUCCGACUCUUUUUCAGGAAUUUUCUUAAGAUUAAAGAUGACUUGUGUAUACGAGGAUUUCGAUUCUACAUUCGCUUCAGUAUGCAGCGACGUGACACUAUACUCCAAUAAGCAAGGAUUUUUCAAAGAACUUGUUGAGGAAAUUGUAUCUUUAGCAGAGGUCAAUGGCUGGUUGAGCAAAUUCGAAGAAAUCGUGGACAAAGAAAAGGUCACCGCAGUAUUAGAAAAUCAAACAGUAAUGGAUGCACUAAAGGAAGUUUUGUCAAGAAUACAACCUAUGUUUCGAGGUAAAGAUGCUAGAACAUCACAUGAGAAGCGAUUAUUGGCCCAAACUGCUCUUAAGGAGGGAAACCUGAUAAAGAGUUUAGCUCUUGCCAGCCAAGCGGUUCUCCGUGCACCAAUGACCGGAGCCGAUGAAGUCAUAGACAAUGGAAUAUCUUUAGCUCUUGCACUCUGGCUUCGUUCCGAUAUACUUCUUAAUUUAAAAAGACCCGCUGCCGCCUUGGAAGAUUUAAAAUUAGCGCUCAAAGAAAGACUGCCCGUUCGAAUGAGAGCCGAAUAUUAUUGGAGGAUGGGUCAUUGUUACAAAGAUACUGGAGAACCAACUCGAGCCAAGGUAUCCUACGAAUUAGCUGGAAGGCUCCUGGGAAACAAUGAACAAGCUAAAAUUCAACUAGCUAAAGAUAUUGAUGCUCUUGAUUAUUCAGACAAACCUAAACAUCCUCCUGAUAGGUCAGAUGUAUCAGUAACGGGUGGUGCAAAGCAAAAUAUACCAGCCUUGUCUAAAUUGUUGAAAAUUGUAGAAGAAGAAGAAAAGGGCCGCUUCGCAAUUGCUGAUGCAAAAAUUAAAACUGGCGAUAUUCUAUUAGUGGACAAUCCAUAUGCCGCUUGUCUUCUAUCAGAUUUUUAUGGUUCUCAUUGCCUUCAUUGUUUUAGACGAUUAGACGACAAUACAGAAAGUGCUGCAGUUUGGUGCCCAAACUGCUCUGGAGUGGCAUUUUGUUCAGACAAAUGUCGCGAUGCAGCUGUCUCUACCUACCAUUCAUAUGAAUGUCAAUUUUUAACACUUUUCAUAGGUUCAGGAAUGUCAGUACUCAGCCAUAUUGCACUCCGCAUGAUAACACAAGCUGGUCUAGACACGAGUCAACAAAUUCACUCCAAGUAUUUGGGCGAAGUGAAAUCCGUUGAAAGUAUUGUCUUAAACGAUAUCGAAGGAGUCAAUAAAAAAAAUAAAAUUAAAAGCAGAAAGGAACGUUUACAUCGUACAAAGAAAGGCUUAAAAGGCUUUGAAGACAAAAAUUCAAAUAACGAAGAAAUUGAAUCGAAAAUUGAGGACAAAACGACCUAUCACGAAAAAUUAGAAAUGACAGCUGCACAAAUUUACUCACUGUGCUCGCAUUCAAGCCAGAGAAAGGGAACAGAUUAUCUGAAGAGGAUAAUCAUGGGGCUAUUCCUUACCGAGUGUUUGAAAAGAAGCGGGUUUUUCAAAGACUGUACAAAGGAUAAUUUACAAAAAGCCGAAAAAGUCAUCUGCGAAUUGAUCGUUCGCAAUUUGCAAUUACUUCAGUUUAAUGCUCACGAGAUUUACGAAACCGUCCAUGGCCAACACUUGUUUAACGGCUCUAAACCUAUUUACAUUGCAGUCGGUAUAUAUCCAACAGGAGCGUUAUUUAAUCAUGAAUGUUAUCCCGCUGUAGCUCGAUAUUUUGAUCAACAAAGAAUAGUACUACGUGCGAUACGCCCACUGCAACCUGGUGAAGUUGUUUCUGAAAAUUAUGGACCUCAUUUUUUGAUGCGUAAUCUUAAAGAACGACAGAGAAUGUUAGCUUGUAGAUAUUGGUUCCGAUGCGAUUGCGUUGCUUGCAAAGAAAACUGGCCAACCCUAAAGCAAAUGAAAGCGGAAUCGUCUUUAUACCUCAGAUGCCCUAAUGGAAGCUGUACUGGAAAAUUCAAAUGGACUAAAAAUCCACCAAACAGAUGUUACAAAUGUGCCAUAGCUAUAAAUAAAGAUUUAAUAAAAACAUACGCAGAAGAUAUUGAUAAAUUCCUAUCUCAAUACCAGAAAGGAGCGUCGCUUAUGGACGAAGAGAUGCCUGAUGAAGCUAUAAAAAUAAUGUCAGAAGCCGUUGAUGAUUUCUACAAUGUCGCACGGCCUCCCCAUUGGGAAACUCACAUUGCGCAAGAAUCGCUUAGGUCAUGUUUUGCGAUUUCGGGAAACAUUCACACCGUACAAAAUGAACCAGAACAAAAAUAAAUAAUUUGUUGUUUUCAAUUUCAAGCAGCCCAUUCAAAAAAAAACUUUACACACUCUUUUUUAAACUAAAUGCAUUUUUAUAAUAAAAUGUCUGUUAAAUAU